AUGGGGUUUUUUACUAUCCCCGAGCUCAAUACCCGGCUGGGCACUUGGCGUGCCUAUCACUUGGCGGCGAUUGUCUUGUCAGUUUUUGUUCCUGACGAUCCAAAAUUUCAAGUCGAAUAUAUGACCCGUCCUCAUAACAGCAUUUCUUCUUUCCUGUCCGGUUAUGACGCCGGUAUUGCGGGUGGUAUCUUAACUUUUAAAUCCUUCGAGACUGAUUUCCGCUAUACCUCCGGACAUGAGUCCAAGGUAUCCUCGCUUACGGUAGGCUUGGAGCAAAUGGGCUCCUUCGUCGCCGCCGCAUGUGUCUACCCAAUCACCAAUAAAUUUGGACGAAAAUGGACAAUCAUCGGUUCAACGGGUUUGUUCUGUGUUGGAGUCAUUAUUCAAGUCAUUAAUACGCACUCGUUGGCUGCUUGGUACGUUGGUCGUGUCAUAGCUGGUCUUGGAAUGGGUGGUCAGAGUGUCGUGAUUCCCAUGUACUCUGCAGAGAUGACACCCAAGGAGAUCCGUGGUCGUUGCGGUUCUUUCUAUCAGUGGAUGUAUGCAUGGGGUGUUUUCCUCGCGUACUGGGUUGACUAUGGUGUGGAACAGAGUAACUCGAUUUCCGGUACAACGCGCGAGUGGCAGAUCCCCGUGGGCCUGCAGCUGGUUUCUGGAGGUGCUCUAUUUAUCUUGACUUUCACUCUUCCCGAGUCGAUUCGUUGGCUGCUUUCCAAGGGCCGUACCGAAGAAGCAUGGGGGUCGAUUACUUGGAUUCGUGGUGGUGAUAACCUGAAGACUCAGGAGGAAUUUGCCGAAACGCAGCUGGGACUGCAGGCGGAGCGCUCCGAGAGUGAGGGAUUCUCUUUCCGCGAGAUCCUCGAGCCUGCCAAUCGUCUCCGUUUCUUCGUCGGCCCCAUGCUUUUCAUUUUCCAGAAUGCUACAGGAAGUAGCGCGCUGGCAGUCUUCGCGCCGGAGUACUUCAAGCUUGUCGCUGGUGGUGACUCCGAUAUGCUACUGACCGCUCUCUUCGGAGCCAUGAAGGUCAUUGCUUGCUCUUUCUUCAUUUUCUUCCUUUCUGAGCGGUUGACUCGUCGCUCGGCUUUGACCGGAGGUUCAAUUUUCAUGGGCAUUUGCAUGUUGAUUACUGCCGUGGUUGUUGAUAAAACACAUACCACCGCCAACGGCCAAGCCACAGCUGCCGGACGUGCAACUGUUGCGAUGCUUUACCUCAACAUUAUGGUUUAUAACUGCUCUUGGGGCCCAAUGCCAUGGGCAUAUGUACCCGAGAUUUUCCCGACUCGCAGUCGUGCCAUGGGCCUGGCUGUUAGUAUGCUGGCUCACUGGGCAACAUCCUUCUGCUUCUCCUUUGCUAGUCCAUACAUGAUCGACAACCUUGGAGCAAACACCUUCUUCAUUUUCAUGGGCUUUGACUUCCUCGCUGCUGUGUUCUGUUGGUUCUUCGUUAAGGAGACUCGUGGUAAGAACCUGGAGAAGGCUGCCGGUACUGAAUGGGAGGUCGCAGAGCGAAGCUCCGAUGAUGAUGAGAAGGGUGCCGUAUUGGGUCCAAAUGGGAGAAAGGUGCACUUGGUUUCUGUGCAUGAGAAUUUCCACACAAACCUUCAUCACCAUGCUUAA